UCUCACGCGCGCCACAGAUAUUGCAUCCCGGGGGUUUUGGUGGGGUUUUUACCAAUCAAGACACCAGCACCGUGAAUCGCCGACGCCGUAGCUUUCGAUGGCGGCGAACCGCGCUCUCUCCGCCGCAAUCAGACGCAUAAGCUCUGUAAUCAGCGCACGAACUCUAUGGAGCUCCGCAGAUUCUGGCGGUUCAGCAUUCGCACACAACAACCACGACCUGAAGAACCUGAUAUCGAAGCUCAGAUCACCCAAUCGGAGUCCAUUAACGGCGCUUCAGAAUUGGAUCGACCAAGGCAACGUGGUUCCACCCUCCGAGCUCAGACGCAUCUCCAGAACGUUCCUCAAAUCCAAGCGCUACCACCACGCACUUGAGAUAUUGAAAUGGAUGGAAAACCAAAAGAAUUUGCGAACGAUCCCGGAUGAUCAUGCCAUGAAAUUGGAGUUGAUUAUUGAAACAUAUGGUAUAACGGAAGCUGAAGAAUAUUUUAGAAAUCUACCUGACUCAGCUGCGAAGAAAGCGGCCUGUCUCCCGCUUUUGCGAGGCUAUGUAAGAGAUAGGGACAGCAGGAAAGCUGAGACUUUCAUGGUGAAGCUCUAUGAACUGGGGCUAGUGGUGAGCCCUCACCUGUAUAAUGAGAUGAUGAAACUUUAUAUUGCCACAUGUGAGUACAGGAAGGUACCCCUUGUUAUCCAGCAAAUGAGACGAAAUAAAGUACGCUGUAAUGUUCUGUCCUACAACCUUUGGAUGAGUGCUUGUGGUGAGGGAGAAGGAUAUGGGGUUGCAGCAGUAGAGAGAGUUUUUAGUGUGAUGCAAAAUGAUGAGAAUGUUGAGGUGGGAUGGAGCAGUCUUGCUACUUUAGCCAAUGUUUAUGUGAAAGCAGGACAAUCUGAUAAGGCUAUUCAAGUUCUAAAAAAUGCUGAGACGAAACUAUCUACCUUUGGCCGUCUUGGUUACUUCUUCCUUAUGACAAUAUAUGCCUCUUUGAAGGAAAAGGAGGGAGUCUUGCGGUUAUGGGAUGCUAGUAAAGCAGUUGCUGGAAGAAUCAGUUGUGCCAACUACAUUUGCAUACUUACAUGCUUGGUGAAGCUUGAGGAUAUAGUACAAGCUAAGAGAAUCUUCAUGGAAUGGGAGUCUAAUUGCCGGAAGUACGAUAUCAGAAUCUCUAAUAUUCUUUUGGGUGCAUAUGUGCGGAAUGGAUUAAUGGAAGAAGCUGAGUCACUGCAUCUCCACACAUUACAGAAGGGUGGUUGUCCAAACUACAAAACAUGGGAGAUUCUCAUUGAAGGAUAUCUCAAUACACAAAGAAUGGAUGAGGCUAUUAUUUCCAUGAAGAGAGCUUUAGCUAUGUUGAAAGACUGUCAUUGGAGGCCGCCGCAUAGGCAUGUAUUGGCCAUAGCAGAGUAUUUGGAGAAACAUGGGAAUUUUGAAUAUGCAAACGAGUUUAUUACAGAUAUUCAUAAUUUAGGUCUUGGGAGUGUGUCAUUGUAUAAAAUAUUGCUUAGAAUGCACCUUUCUGCUAACAAACCACCUUUCCAUAUCCUUAAAAUGAUGGAUGAAGAUAAAGUCGAGAUGGAUAAUGAGACCCUUUCCAUCAUUAAAGCCUUCACUGGGCUGAAGUGCAAGGAGGUGUAGCAGUAAUCUGGUGGUUCAUUUUAUUCAUAUGCUUUUGGUAUGUUUUCAGAACCUGAGAAAAAGGAUGGCCACCAGCCAUUGGAGGGAAAGCUGAAGUCUGGUAAGGAAUUUCUUCCUGAUCCGCAUUCCUUUUUGUGUUUGCUUUUUUUCCUCGAUGUUUUUUUUUGCCUGUAAGGGCAAACAUUUAUAAAUAUACUAAAUGAGAUAACAUCAGUAGUUAUAACUUGCCAUGAGAGAAUGUUAGAGUGCUGGAUUGCUACGGCAGAUGUGUUCUAAUUUAUCAAGAGAGUAGACAAAAAAAUCACAUUGUAUUCCAAUUACUAAUUCAAAAUAAUUUUGAACGAUAUAUCCCUGUACUUGUGUUACAAUUUUUAAGGUGUUCCUUUUAGCAAACUUUAAAUUGGCUGGCCAUACCAAUUCUUAAGGUGUUCUUGACAAACGAUUCUGUUCCUGUUAGGAUAGUUUUGCUUGACAAACAACUCCAUAUGUAAGCGGAGAUUUUCAUGUAACAAUUAUAUGAAAUUAGAACACAACACUUACGUGUUGAAGACAUGAUUUUGGAGAAGAAGGAUUGUUGUCCUUGAUUAAAUUCACCUGCAAUGUUCAAUGACCAGAUCUUCCUCUGUAUCUCACACUCCUUUCACAACUCUCAAUGGGGCAAGCUGUGGAGCAGACAAGUUUCUGGUGUCGUGAUUAUAGAAGGGACCUAGCCAAACAUGUUAUAACCCUAGUCCCUUCCCAUUAUGGGUUAAGGGUUAUGAUCCACACUUCAACCCACACCAAUUAACUUACAGAUGCUCAGGCCCAAUUAAAAGAGAUCACAUAACAAAUAAUAGAGCCCAAUGCACCCCUGUCAGAAUUAUGAAUUAACCCGUUUUUAACAAACAAAAUAACAAUUAAUUAUAGCCCACAAAACGUUAGAUAAAUCUAACAUUCUCCCACCUGGGCAAAAUUAAUUGUAUGAUUUUAAUUUUCAAAAGCAUGUGUAUGAAAAAGACUCUCGGGUUAAUAACUAAUCUCUAAAGAUGUGGCCACAUCUUAAGAAAACGCAUAAUUCCAAGUGCAACGUCUGAGUACGACUUCGUCCAACAAAAGCCAAGUAAUAUCGAAUCAUGACGAUUAUUAUAUCAUCUAUUGACAUAAAACCUUCCAUGUUUACAAAUAUCACCGACUCCGUCAACUAGUCAACAGUGUGGACCAUAACCCUUGACCCAUAAUGGGAAGGGACUAGGGAUAUAACAUGUUUGGCUAGGUCCCCUCUGUAAUCACGACAUCAGAAAUUUGUCUGCUCCACAGCUUGCCCCAUUGAGAGUUGUGAAAGGGGUGUGAGAUACAGAAGAAGAUCUGGUCAUUGAACAUUGCAGGUGAAUUGAAUCAAGGACAACAAUCCUUCUUCUCCAAAAUCAUGUCUUCAACAAGUAAGUGUUGUGUUCUAAUUUCAUAUAAUUGUUACAUGAAAAUUUCCGCUUACAUUUGGUAUCAGAGCCUUAAUUAUGAGUUAGGACCCAAUUCGUGAUUGAUUGUAUGAUUUUAAAAUCAAUUCACUUUUCGUGAAAUUAGAAUCUCGAACAUGCGUUUUUCAUCUACCCUAUUUUCUUUCUCAAUCGAUCUGUUAAUAUUUUAUUAUGCACCGGCACCGUAAAUCCUUUGUUCACGAACAAGUCUGUGUGUAUUUAAUCAUGAUCGUUGGUACAUGUUGUACGGGAGAAGGAGUCAAUUUAUCAUACAUUGUUUGUAGAUGAUUUUAGUUAUAUAUGAUAGCAUCAAUUUUAUAUGAUAUUGUGUACACAAGAAAUAGCAAUCAAAUUUCUAGCAUUGUAGAACCUACACGGGAUUUAGAUGGUUUAAAAACCAUUUAGGUAUGUAUGUCCACUUUUAUAUGCGCGACUUGUAUUAGGCUUGUCAAGAAACCAGAUUAUAAAACUUUCUCCUUCUGACAGUAUUAUAUUGCAUAUUAUAUAUAUGAUCUAUGUAUGCAACUUAGUAAUUAUAUAAUAUCCUCUUAAUUGAUUAUAAAUAUUUACUUGAAAUGUUGAGUACAAAACUGAUUGGGAAUGCUAUAUUGUUUGAGUUCAUGGCUGACUCAUGAAUUCUGGGCAAAAGAAAAUUUUGAUUGUCUCUGAUCAUUGUGUACGAUUGUCCUCCCCAAAGGUGGGUUCUUGUGUGUAGUGAUUGAGGAUGGCUAUUGGAGGUACAUUGGUCUAGAAAUUUAUCUGUCCAAAGACGAUAAAAUUUUGAUGUCAAUGUAUGUUCACUGAGUAGCUUAUUCUUGAGAUUUGUGGAUGAAGUUAUUGGAGGUGUUUUGGUUUAGGGAAUCUAUCUGUCCAAAGAAGAUAGAUUUUUGAACCCAAUACAUGUGCUCAUUGAGUAACUCAUCUGAGGUUCUGACCUUUGUUGCGACUUGGGUUUGCGCAUUCCGCCCAAAGGGGAAUGUGUAAUGAUGUUGGCCUCAUCAUAAUAGCUUGUGUUCAUUAAAGCUAUAUCUUGCCCAUAUUUUUUGUUUUAAUGCAUUCCUGUUUUGUCUUAACAGUGAACUUCUCUGUGAAUAACUGUUCUGCUUCUAUUGAGAUCCUGACUGGGUCCAAUUAUAAGAAAUGGAAGCAAGACUUACACUCUAUUUGAUAGGGAAGAGAGAGAUAGGGAAGAGAGAGUAGGGAAGAGAGAAGUUGAGUAGAAAGAAAUAGGUGAGAAAUAAAGUAGAUUUAGAGGUUGUUUGGUAUAAUAUAAAGAGAAGAGGGAUAGAAGAGAAAGAAUGAGGUGGAGGAGAGAGAAAAAAAAAAUUUUAUUGUGUCAUAACAUUUCUGGCGGUUUUUGACUAUUUAUGGCAAAUUGUAAUCGCCAGAAAUGUAAAAAUAUGUAUAAAAACAACAACUCUCCUCUCUCUUCUCAUUUCUCUUCAUUUUGGGGAGACCCAAAAAUGUGGUAGGGCCCACCUUCUCACCUCUCUCUCCCCCCUCUUUCCCCUACCAAACAAGUGUGUUUCUCCUUUCUCUUCUCUAACUCUCUCCAACCUAUCUCUCUCUUCACAAACUCACCUCUACCAAACAAAGCAUUAGAGUUUUCAUUAGGGAUUGCUGACGUUGAUGUGGCGUUGCUUGAGCCCAAACCUGUCGUUGAUGCACAGAGUACACCUGAUGAGGAAGAGAAACUUAAGAAAGAAAAGAGUGAAUUAACUCUCUAACUGUCAAAUACUUCAAUUCCAAGUGCUUAGAGCCAUUAGUAGUUUUAUUAUUUUUAGUGUAGAACACAGAUGCACUGUUAGGCCUAGCAAUGGAAUCAACAAUGUGAAGUCCAAUCACCAAAUUUCUCAACCAAACAGCAUGGGUGGCAGCAGCAUAACAAGCAAUGAACUCUGCUUGCAUAGUAGAAGAGGCAACAAGAGUUUGCUUCUUACUUUUCCAGGAUUUUGUACCUCCAACUAGCAUGAAAAUGUAACCAGAAGUAGAUUUCUUAUCAUCAAGGCAUGUACUCAACUAUUUCCAAGUUCUCAACUCUCCUAAAUACAAGCAUAUGCUCUUUUGUUCUCUGCAAGUAUCUCAUUACUUUCUUAGAGCAAUCCAAUGAUCAUUCCCAGGAUUAGACUGGUAUCUACCCAAAACGCCAACUAUGAAAGCAAUGUCUGGCCUAGUGCAUACAUGAGCAUACAUCAAGCUUCCCAAUGCACUAUCAAAUGGUUUCCCCUUCAUCUCUGCUCGCUCAAUCUCAUUUCUAGGACAUUGAUCUUUACUAAAUUUGUCACCUUUAGUAACUGGAACAUCCCCAUGCUUACCAGUUUGCAUAUUGAACCUUUCUAGGACUCUAUCAAUAUAAGCUUUCUGAGACAAGCCAAGCAGACCACGUGAUCUAUCUCUAAGAAUUUCAAUUCCCAACACAAAAGAUGCUUGACCAAGAUCUUUCAUAUCAAAGAACUUAGUCAGCAUGUUUGGUCUCAUGAAGUAGACCAAGGUCAUUACUAGCUAGCAAAAUAUCAUCAACAUAUAACACAAGAAAGAUGAAUUUGCUCUGACUGACCUUAAGAUAGAUGCACUGAUCAACUUUAUUUUCUUCAAAGCCCAAGGAAGUCACCACCUCGUCAAAUUUCAAGUACCAUUGUCUAGAAGCCUGUUUCAAACCAUAAAUAGAUUUCUUUAAUCUACAAACCAAGUGCUCAUUGCCACUUGUCACAAAAUCCUCAGGUUGUUGCAUGUACACCUCCUCACUGAGGUUACCAUUCAGAAAAGUUGUCUUGACAUCCAUCUGAUGCAACUCCAAGUCAAAAUGGGCUGCAAGAGCCAUAAUAAUUCUAAAAGAAUCUUUGGUUGAAACAGGAGAAAAUGUCUCAUUAAAAUCAACCCCUUCUUUCUGUGUGAAUCCCUUAGCCACAAGCCUUGCCUUAAAUCUUUCAAUUUUACCUUUUGAGUCCUUCUUUGUUUUGAAUAUCCACUUGCAACCAAUCGCCUUACAAUUCCCUGGUAACUCCACAAGCUCCCAGACAUCAUUGUUGGCCAUGGAUUUUAUUUCAUCAUACAUAGCAUCUGUCCACAUAUUAGAUUGAGAACAAGUAAUAGCUUCUUGAUAAUUCUUAGGAUCAACAACAUCACCAAUAUCAUAAGCAUCCUCGCUGAGAUAAACCACAAAAUCAUUAGUGAUAGCAGGUCGCCUUUGUCUAACUGACCUUCUAACAGGAAUUUGCUCAAUUGGCUCAUCAAGUCGUGCAACCUCAACCUGAACAGGAGGAUCAACCACAUUCUCAACAGGUGAUUGAACUACAUUAUCAACAAGUGGUUCAGCCACAUUCUCAAUGGGGGUAGCUACUCCAUGAGUAGUGGAUGAGCUAGCAUUAUUAAAAACAGGUUUGAUAUGAAUUUAUAUCUUUAUGGAAUGGUUAAAUUUCUAUUACUUGCCUGCAAUAUUAAAUUGGUAUGGCCAGCCAAGCAACCAAGAUAGAUGUUAUACUCGGGCUGUGGCGACUGCUCUGCGUUUAAUGUUCAUCUCGAGGUGCGUCUAAUGUUCAGCUUGAGGUACGUAGCCAAAAUACUCUGCAGUGUAUUUUGGGAAGAAAUCUGAGUGUCUAUAUGGAUUCACAACAAGCACAAAAACCAAUCAAGUUUAGUGUAAAAGUUAUGUGCUGUAUCUUCAUUUUGAAGUGACUUUAGUAAAUUUUAAAGUGAAUCCAAAUAUCUAUUAUGAAGAGCAAAGUGCAAACUACUUUAUUACUGAAAA